AUGAUGGCGAUCCCGCAACACGGCCCAAAAAAAAAAAAAAAAAAAAAACUUAACAUAAGUAUACAAUUACGGACAAAAAUUAUCAAAACGGUUUACACAAGCAGAUUAUAGCAACAACAAACAACAACAAAGCUCACACACUUGCGAUCAAAUUAGCAAUAUAUAGCGAUAUUUUCUAGCGUCUUAGCUUUUCCUCGACCUCGCUCGUCCUAAUAACUGUGGUCUCCCUUACAAAUUUGGACAAGCGACCCGAGAAUUUGCCAGUUACUAUGUGACGUCAUACCGGCAGGCGGAGUGAGGUGGAAAACAAUAGAGUCACCUUGCGCCCUCCUUCCCCCCUGCUCUCACCCUUCAAAAACAAAGAAUAUUUGGCUAAUAAAUAACUGUUGUUUACCUCAACAGUAGUUGCUAGAGAAGUGGAUAACACUCUUGUUCGGUAUAUAUCCGCUAGAAUGGAUUUUAUACAUGUAGUGGUUGAAUUCCCUCAUUGACUUUGGCUAGUGGAUAUACCUGUAAAGUUCAAUGAUUAUUUUUCAGAGCUAUAUCUUUUUAACUUUACGACAAAUGGACGCAAUGGACAGUACGGUAGAAUUCUGAAGUUCAGUGUCCCGGGAGCCGCUCGCUACUUGAUAAAAGCGUGGGGGGCUAGUGGAGGAACACAUAACACUAAUUGUGGACGUUAUCCUGGAACUUUCUACGGUGGCAGGGGGGCAUUCAAGGAGGGGAUAUUCAGACUGAAUAAAGGAACUAAGUUGAACAUUGUAGUAGGACAAAGAGGAGGAAAUUCAGUAGAGGUUGAAGGAGGACAAUCUACCAACAGAACAGCAGCUGAACUAGGGCUAUCUGUCGAGGAUAAUGCUGGGACAGGGGGUGGGGGAGGAAGUUUUGUUUACACAUCGGCUAAUGCACUGUUGUUAGCUGCCGGAGGGGGAGGGGAUGCGUCUGCGGGAUAUAAAGGGAUAGAUGGUCAGGAGGGUUCUAGUGGUUCCAGUAGUGUAGGAUUAAUCUCUUCCAAGGUUCUAAGAGGAGGAGUUGGAGGUAACCCCGGUGAGUGUAAUUCUGUGGGUGCUAGCUGUCAUGGGGGAGUGGGUGCAGGGUGGUUAAGUCAGGGAUGUGCCAGAGCUGGCACAUCUCAUUGGUGA